AUGAAGAACGACCCCACAUCAUCCCAGCCGGAUCAGCAGGCCAAUCCACCGGCUUUUCCAAACGCUACGGCCAGCGCAUCAGCACCAAAUCAACCGCCCACAGCAAGUGCGCGACGCUCGCAAAUCCGCCAGACAGCUUCAGCUUCCUCGACACCCAUCAACUUUGCUCGCCCCAUCUUCCAGCGUCAAGAUUCUGAUUCUGCGAAUACACCUCCUCAGCACAGGAGAAUCACUUCAGCCGACUCUUCCCACUUUGGUCACGCAAGCAAUGCAGGCAGCGAAGACGCAGCAUGGCAAGACGAAGUACCUCUUAGUCCUUCGGACAGACGAGCAGCCAACCUGUCCACCAAUUCAGAUCGUUCCGGGUAUUUGACUCCACUCAAGAUCCGUCGAAGGGGUCUGAUCAACGAUAAGAAACUCACCAUCAACGUUGCUUCUCCUGCGUCGUCCAACCCCAGCUCGAGCAGGAGAGCCGUGUCAGAGUCAGAUACUCCGUCAUCAUCCAGUGUGAAGCGUCCGCCGAGAUCGCCGGCCAGACCGCUGCCUGCGGUGACCAAGUCUUCAGUCACCUCCUCCAAGCCAUUAUCGAUCUCUCCUGGUGGUAAACAGGUCAAUUCUUCGCCUACGGACUCGCUCGCUCCGCCACCAAGCGCCGGCAUUCGAUGGGCGCCGUUCACUCCCACCAAGCGUGGUCCACUUGCGGACAGCAAGCGCAGUCCUACUGGCAAAUCGAGCAGCCCAAAGACAGCGUCAUCAGCUGGUAGCAGUGACCGCUCGGACAAACCUUUGCUCUCGGCUCCUCGUUACGGCUUCAAUCCAGAGUUCCAGCUUGGCUUCGAUGCUGCAGCAGGUUCUCCAUCUCGCUCGCAGAAGGAUGUCCCUUUGCCUACAAAGCCAUCCCCAACGUAUUCUGGAGCGUCGCAGGGCGGCGUCAAGUCGAUGCUCUACACGAAUGCUCGCAGUUAUGCUUUGCCUAUGAGCCCGAAGACGCACAUAGCUCCGAAAGAUGCCUCGCUCCGCUCGAAUGAGGUGCCGAGCUCUGCCCGCAUUCCACCAACUCUACACACACCUCGAACUCCUCGAACACCUAGAACUCCACUCACAGCACGCUUGCCACACACACCAGGCCUCAGUGCCCAGGCUGCCGGUGCUUAUCGAGGAAUUUUGCUCACCACUGUCACCCGCGCUGCUUCUGACGAGCGGGUAACCACCCAGGACUUGCUUGCUCAUGCGUCUUCAAAGCGAAGGACAAGAAAUCGCAGCGCCAGCAUCGCUACUGAGAUUAGAAGCUUCGUGCGAGGAGGUGCUUCCGAAGUCAUUCCACGCUUCGAGCUGCGUGUUCUCGAACUUCCGCGUCGCGAUUCGCAGUUCCAUGGCCUUGACUCGAACCAGCAGACUCAGCCACCACCUAGCAAGAGGCACUCGCUCGCGGCGGCUCGACCGAGCACGCUGUGUGAGAAGCAAGACAAGCUUCGGCAGCCAGAGCAGGAUGAAGCGUCACCGCGAACAAGCGCCUUUGCGAGGUCAAUGGCGAUGCAAAAGCUGAUGGGCAAGCAGCAGACCCUGCCGCCGCUUGAUCGCCAGGCAUCGCCGGCUCGGCGUGGCAGUCUCUACCGCGGCUUGUCCUUUGUAGGCCAAACUUCGGAGCGUUGCGAGAGGAGGCUGACGGCGGGCACAACUGCAUCUGGUCGCUCAGACGGCACGGCAAGGACGAGUCGAUCUGGUCUGCCCAGGCGUACCUCCAUGCCUGUGUCGACGGCCGGCAGCAUCAGUUCUGCUCGGCCAUCGCUCAAGGACCGAAGCAUGUCGAUGGCUCCCCAGCAAAUGUGGGACCGUCUAAUUAGCAGCAUGCAGCCCGACGAAGGGGAGGGUGAUAAUCAUGCUGACAUCGUCAACGAGAAGCAGAGCCGCGCGACCGACAUCUAUGAGGCCAAGCGGCGGAUUAUGGGACGUCGCACUUCUGAUCUCUAUUCCGAUGCGCCGGCUGUCGUCGGGCGGGAUGUGUACAGCGACAUGCCAAUGAGCGCCAUGCGACGUCCUACGUAUGCCGCUUCCGUCUUCCAGCAGGCUCGCCUCAUGGAAGCUGAGCGACAAGCAGGUGCUACUCCCGAUUCGUCUUCCAUGCCCAACGUGAAUUCGCCUUUCCCGCACACACCAGGUUUCCCCAGAACCCCUCUCACCGCGUUCCCACACACUCCUAGAUUUCCCAAGACCCCACUUACUGCUUUGCCGGAAGGCAUCGUCCAAGGCGAGCCGAUCUACCUCGAAGAAACCGUAGCAGCCGCCGCGCCUGCAUCGUCAACAUUGGGACAAAAGACUGCCUACUGGCUCAUGGCACCUGUUCGUAUUGUCAAGAAGCAAAUUUCGCCGGCAUACAUUCUCACCAUGCUCAACCCACGCGAGAUCAUCAUCCCCAUCACUCUGCGCAAGGUUGCACUGUGGAUCGUCUACGGUGGUAUCAUCGCUGCGCUUGUCCUUCUGGAUCGCUACUACCACUGGUGGCACAAGUUUGACCAUGCGGUCCACGGCAAGAAUCUGGCCAUCAUGGGAGUGCUCUACGGAUUUGAGCCGUUGAUGAUUCUGAUCAUCAUGCUUGUGGCGCGAGUGCCCGAUGCCAGAGUGGUGCCGGACCGUACGGUACUCGUUCCAAACGGGCGUAACGGCGCGGAGAGCUUUUCAGACGAUGAAACGAGGAGCAGUCUCAGCAGCGACGGAGAGUCUGUGGCAUCACAAGACAUGGCAGCUCAGACGCAUGCGACGAUCCUCGAAGAGGAGCACGGCGAGGACGAGGUGCAGCACGUCGAGGAGCACGAUGUGCAACAUAAGCAGACCGGUAUCGUGGAAGGAGACAACGUGCGUCCUUCGUACAGGUUCUCAAUGCGUCAGUUGUCGACGCGCAGCAUGCUGGCUUCCUCCGAAAGAACGGGUGAGAAUGCCGAACGCAGACCGAGCGAAUGGUCCACCAACUCUGGCAGCCAUGGUGGUCUGUCGGUGCCCAGAACGCCUGGCUUUGACCCGCGAAACCGCAGAAGCACCAUCAUCUUGCACGAGCGUCCUUCGAUUGACAAGGUCAACCUUGAGCUCGAGAGGACCGGCUCGCGUCGGCCCAGCAAUCCGUCGCAUCAGAUGCUGCUUGCUAGGACGGCGAGCAGAGAAUCGCGUCGCAGCUCGUACUUUGGCGCGUAUGCCGCUGCAGCUGGAUCUCGGCUGGACGGUGUUACUGCUGCUGUCACGCCGAGUGCGGCUGUCGAGGAUGAUGUCAAGGACGAGAAGAAUGAUAUGCUGCGCGACGUCACUCGCUCGACAAAUUCAAGUGACGAGGUUGACGACGAAAAGAAGAAGGCACAGGUGGACCAAUCUGCCAAACCGGACGAGGUGCGCGUCGAUAUGGGUUCGAUCACGCAUCCUUCUCUGACCGAGUCGACUGCCUUGGUGAUUCCAUGUCACAACGCCGACGUCGAGGUGCUCAAAGCAGUCCUCUUUGCCGCACUGGUCCACUUCGAGCCCUGGCAAAUCUUUGUCGUUGACAAUGGCAACACUCCCGAACCGCCCGCAGAGAUGGAAGCGUCUCUGCGCGCGCAACCCAUGUUCGCCCGCGUCAACUACAUCUGGCUUCCCAUAGGUAACAAGAACAUCGCCCAAUUCGUGGGUGCCAAAGCAGCCGCAGUGCUCAAGCUCGACUACGUUAUCACGAUCGACGACGACGCGAUCAUCCCUGCCAACUUUGCCGCCCCCAUGCACAUCAUCUCGGAAACGGUGACUGCGGUCUGCUACCCGAUCACGGCGGUGGACCACAAGGGUGACCGUCCGCUGUUUGUCGGCUGGCAGGAUAUUGAGUACAAGCUGUCAGCGCUGGCCAAGAUGGCCGAGGCGAGGAUGUGCGGUGUGCUCUUCCCACAUGGAGCUGCAAGCUUCUGGAAGCGGGACACGAUGAUCCGGGUGCUGCGGAGGCACGAUCUGGUGUAUUUCGCAGACGACGUCAAGAUGGGGUUGGAGCUGCAAGCGUUGGGAGAGAAGAUGAGCAUCGACGCGAGCAUCUCGUUCGAGACGGUCGCACCAGAGACUUUCAUCGGGCCGUACACGGCAGGUACGCCCAACUACUACCACCAGCGAGUACGGAGCUGGGAGAUGGCACGGCACACGCUGUACUGGCAGUUUUCGAAACGAUUCUUGUUCUCGCUCAACGGCGCGCGAGGACCGGUGGCGAUCGGCUGGCAGAAGUUCACGCAGUUCUACAACUCGACGACCAACUUUAUCGACUGGAUCCGACUGCCCAUGUUCAUCUUGCUGGGCGGUAGCAGCGAGUUCUGGCUGCGCAGCUUCGCGUUCUUUCUCUUCUUGCCCGUGAUUCCGGCGGUGCUGUACCGGUUCAUCAUGGUUCGCCACCGUCCGGAUCUGCACCCGCAUCUACUGGACAUGCUCACGUACGGCAUCUACAAGCUGCUCUACAGCGUGGUCUGCGUUUUUGGCGGAAUCAGGAGUAUGCUGGUAUUCUUUCCAAACCAUUCGCACAGGGCGACGCUGGAGGAGAUGGAGGCGAGCGGCGACAAGAGGUGUAUCUGGAUGAGGGAGGAUUUCAUGCGGAACAGCGGCGGGCAGGGCGAUUUGCGGGACGAGCCUCAGCAGAUUUUGCUGGACGAGGCAGUGGCUUUGGAAGAUACGAUGGAAGAGGAGGCGAUGGCGACGCAGAUGGAACAGGUUCGGACCACAAUGUUGGGUUUCGAAGGGCGGGAAGAGGAGGCUUCGACGAAUGCCGUGUUCGUGUUCGAGGCUCAUUGA